AUGGUCUUAGAAUGUGAUUAUUGUCAGUGUUUCGAUUUGGAGGAUUUGGGAGAGAGAUGUUUAUUGUUUGUGGUGCUUAUGGAAUGGUUGGUCAAUGAAUGUAAAGACAAAGACGUUAUCAGCAAAGAGUGGGAUGAUUUGAAAGGAGUGGCAGAGACCUGGGAUGAAGGAAAGACAUCACAUAACGAAAAUGCAUCGAACAGAGAUAUAAAUCAAUCAUCCAUUGCAAAUGAAUUGUCUGGAAAUCCACGUGUUUCUCUCCCAGCUAGACCUUAUGUCAUUUAUACAUCUCAAGUCAUUAUUCACGUUACUCUCAACACAAUGCCUCAAGAAUCUUUGCAUUAUUGUUUGUGA